AUUACUAAAACAAUUUUAAUAAUUAUAGCAAUUCGCUUAAGUAAAAUUUGUAAUAUUAAAAGUAGUUUAAAGAAGUUUCGGAGUAGGUCGAGUAGGCACUAGGCAUGAGGUUGAAUUUUGAUAUCGAUUCGUUCGCCGGCCGCUAGAGCGCACUCACGUCUAAUCUAAAUAUGGCGGCGCGAUCAAUGAAGUUGUAGUGAGUAGUGAAGUCUAGUGUAAAAAAUUGAAAUGAUUGAACUUUGUGUUAUAUUUGUGAGUGCUACGUACGAUUAAAUGGGCCAUGGGAAAAGGCCAGGAUUUAUUAGACGCGGCGCGUAAGGGCGACGAGCGGUGCGUUGAGAAAAUAUUAGGACAAAUAACUAAAAGGAGUGGUCCAUUUACAAGUUUAAGAAGAGGAGCUGGGGUCAAUGUUCAAGAUGAUAGCGGAUACACUCCUCUUCACCACGCGUGUUUACAGGGUCACAAAGGGAUAGUUCAUCUUCUUCUGUCUGUGGACGCGUCACCAUGCGUGUCAAACGACAAGGGGGCCACGCCCCUCCAUCUAGCAGCGUUCAAAGGAGACUCGUCUAUCGUAGCCAUGUUGCUGGCCCACAACAACCCACCGGUGAAUGUGAAUCAUGUGACCCUCGAAAACGAGACAGCUCUUCUCCUGGCAGCACAGUUCGGUUCUGUAGAUGUCGUCGCCCAGCUUAUAGCGAGGGGAGCUGACGUUUCCAUAAGGAAUAUGAAGGACGAAAGUGCUUUGGACCUCGCAGCUCAAUAUGGAAGGUUGCCAACUGUCAAACAUUUGAUCAAAUACCAUCCAAUGUUGGUGCAUCCCUACAAAUUUCCCAAUUGGAGAGUGAGGAAGUUUUCUUCAACACCUCUUCACAGAGCGAGCAUGAAUGGACAUAUAGAAGUUGUCCAAGUCCUUCUCGAGGCUGGAAUCGAUCCGAACGUACGGACAAAUGCCGGCACGCCGCUCCACCAAGCGGCCUGCUUCGGUAAGGCGAACGUCGUACGGAUCUUACUCGAGGCUGGUGCUGAUCUCAACGCAGUAGACGGCAAAGACAAGACUGUCGAAGGUGUUCUCGCUGAUUAUCCGGAAGAAGCAACGAGGAAAGUCAGGAGGGUUAUAAGAGAAUUUAAGAAAAGAACUAGAAACACCUAUGAAAGUGAAGAUGACGUACCGCCAUUCCCCGUACAAGAUAGCCCCACUGGCUACCCCCGCAUCCCUGUAAUGUAUCCUAACCUUUCCAAGGCUUUACUUAAUAAGAAAGCAAACGCUGUAAAUCACGCUUUAACUAACUUUAAUUCUAAUUAUCAUCCAAAACAUGUGUCUAAUGCAAGCAAUGAAAAUUAUAAUUACAACAGGGUUCCGCGUAGAAAUACAAUUUCAUAUCAACGUACACCUGGUAAUGAAAAUAUUAAAUUAGAAAAAUAUCAAUUGCUUCGUAAAAACUUGAGCAAAUUAUUAACAAAUUCAAACGAUAAAGUUUAUGAGAAUUUGUCAAUUGUGGACUUAAAAAACGAAAAUUUAUCAAUAUCAAAGAUUACUAAAAAGAAAAAGCCCUUUAUAGUACCGAAGCCUAUAAAUAAACUUCAAAAUGACAAUCACAAUAUAUAUGAGGUUCUCAAACGCCAUGAGCCAAUUUAUGUAAACAAUAACAAUGAUAUUAUUUACGAGAAUUUUCCAAAUAAUUGUAACAUAGAGUUAUCUAAUGAUUUGAAUAAAAUUGUUAAUGAUGAGUACGUAGACAUGGGAGGUCAAAUUAAUUCUGAUAAUAAUAAGCGAAUGAUUUUUAAUUUAAACGCAAAUAUUUGUAUUCAAAAUAACAAUAUAAAUUAUAUUAGUAAAUCUGUAGGAUUUCGAAGAUCAUCUAUACCCGAUAUUGAUUUCGUAGCUAAUUGUCAUAAUAGAGGCGAUUUUGGUUGCAUAUAUGAAAAUAGUAAUUCUUAUAAGCAUUAUGAUUUAAAUCCUGAAGCUUUACGUAACCAUGCAUAUCCUUUUACCGAAAAGAACCAAAAAUUUGAAGAAUUACCUUGUUUUUGCCAUGAAUACCCAUCGAGUAGGCGUAACAAACUUAAAAAAACAAAGUCAUGUGACAUUUACUAUAGCUGUGAAAAUGUAGACCAAAUUCAACCCAACCAAGCCGACGUACGUUUUGAUUGUGAGCAUACAAAAGAAGAACUUGCAUUAGGUAAUGAAGCGACGCCUAUUAAAGUUAUGGUUUUUGAACAAUUUGACGAAACUAAGCCUUCAUCAACACCAGGUCAAAGUUCAUCUGCUGUUGUUAAAACCAAAGCUGAAUUAGUUCUCAAAAAGAAAACUAGUCAACUAAUAUCACUUUUAAGUGACUGGAUGUUUCCGUUGCUUUAUGUGAUUUACAGGAAGGCUCCAGAGACCCAGAAAAAUAAUAAUUUGUGUGAUAGCCUAUUAACACCAUCUUCAUCUUUUCUAACAAAAAAUCCACCUCAGAGUUUUGUUAAAAAGCUUGCUUCAAAAUGCUUGGGCCUUAAAGCAAAGUUUAACUCUGCUCCUAACAUAUCUAAUCCUGGGUUAGAGUCGAAUGUCGAUGGAAAACUAAAACAGUCGGAUUCUAAAAUAAGCUCGAAUGCCUUACACAUAGGAAAUAGCAAAUUUUUUAAAAUAUUGUCGAAAAAGGAGGAAUCAGGUGAUAUUAUUUGUACUGACGAAUUUGACACAAUUUCAUUAGAUAGACUUGGUACUUUAAAUAGAGAUUCCACAGUCAACAGAAGUAAUAGGAGUUGUCCAGGAUUUAAAACUUCAUUGCCAAAUAUAUCUGAAAACAACGAGCUUAGUGAUUCUCUUGAAUCUCUUAACGAAAAUAUUAAUCCAUUGGAUAGUGAGGGUAAAAUUGAUAAAAUGACUGAAGCAAUUAACUAUGAUACGAAACUUAGCAUAUUCGAACCUAGACGAACAAAUAAUAGUAUAUCUAAUGUUUCUUCAGAUUAUGCAAAUUUUGUUAAUGAAUGUUAUGAAUCGUAUGAAUUUUCAUCUAAACUUAGUACACAAAUAGAAUUAAAGGAAGAAAGCACAAUAUGUAUUCCAAAGCCACCGCCCAGAUCGAAUUUAAUGGCUUCAGAAAAUGAAGAUGCAAUUUAUGAAAAUAUAAUUCCUGAAAAAUCUAAUUUAAGACACCCAACUCCUGCUGUUAGAACUCAUAUUCCACCGCCUGUUGAAAUUGAAAAAAAAGUUUUGUACCAAAAUAUAUUAAUAAAGCCUGAGAGAAAAGCACCUGAACCACCUAAAAGGUCGUUCAAGCCUUUAAAUGAUAUGUCUAAUCAACCAUCGCCUAGUGAAAGUCGAUCCUCUACUUUGUCAUCUGAUUCUUUGAUCGACGAAUCUAAUUUAGAAGAUAUUUUAUUAUCGGAGAAAUCAAGGUCUUUUCGUCAUGGUAAAAUUGCACUGCAUAGGGAAUCGAGUAAAUCUAGUAUUAACAGAACACAAUCAAACGCAUCAGAUGUUUCUAACUUUACUGAGAUUAGUGCAAUUGAAAAUGUCGAUUGUAGUGAUGAUGUGCAAGAUAAGUCAGUAUAUCUUACAAUGACAGGUACAUUACCGAACAAGAAAACAGAAAAAGUUAAGAAAAAAGUACUUUUUAGACAUAAAACAUUUACUAAUAUUGAAGCAGAUAGAAACUCUAUUAACACGAAAAAUUUUACACUAAGGGGCAAUCCUUUCCUAAAAGAAUCGUUGGGCAAAUAUCACAUCCGUGGUACGGGCCAUUGUAUCUACAAAGGUCCAACAGUAAAAGAAUUUAUUAAAAUUUUUAAUAAGGACAUUCUAUACAAUGACACCGAACCAUUGACAAAACUUCCUAAUGAUAAAAGAGCUAGUUAUUUUGAAACUGCUAUAUGCUUUUGUAAACCGCGCCCUCCAAAAUUCCAUAGUAGCGCCGAAGACUUACUAGAUAUCCAAAACCACGAAGAAGAUAAAGUAAUUAUCGAUUUUGAUGGAAUAAAAAAUAAAUUAGAAUUUGUUUCUACAUCAUUUCGAUGUUUCUGUGAUUCCGGAAUGUGUCCUUUACAUGCAAGUAAACGAGAAUCGCCAAUGGAAUUAGUUGUUAAAUUUUCAGCAAUGAAGAAAAGUAUUUCAACUCCUGAUAUCACCUUAGAAUUAUCGCCUUCUUCGACAAUACAAAAAGCAGGUUUAAUUAAAAAUAAAUCAGUUCCUUCUAAUUUGGAAGAGCCAUAUGCCGUCGUUAAUAUACAAGAUGUUAUUAGUAAAAACGUAAACAAAUACAAUACAGAUUUAAAAGGAUUUGGCUUCGAUGAUUCUCCAUAUGUAGCAAUGUCCCCACAUUCUUCCCUAUCAUCAACAGACCGACCUUAUUCUAUAAAAGACAUAGCAGAAGUUAUUUCUAUAGGUACUAAUUCAACAUCAACUGACGCUAACACAUCUUCUGCUUCUGAUACUAUGCAAUUGUUAAGAAAAUCGAGCUCCUCGGAACACUCCGGAAAUUGGUCGUUACAAUCAUGUAAUUCUAACAUAACAGUAGUAUCGGAUGCGUCGUUUAAGACGUGCUUAGAAGAAUCAUCUGAUGAUUCUGAUGGUACUUUACAUUCGGACGGGGAAAGUUCGGACGCCGAGACGGUUAAAUCUGAUGUUAGCACGACAAAAAGGCCGUGGGUUCACAGUAGCUCCUUUCGGUUCGGCAAUAAUAGAUCAAAGAAUGAUGUAAAUGAUGUUUUAGACGAGGAUGACAGUUUUGUUUCGGCGAAAUUCGAAUCCUCGUCUUCUAAAUUCGAGAGCGGUAUAAGUGUAGAUUCAGAAAGUUCUUCGUCCGAGUGUGAAGGGGAUAGUGGUGUUCCGGGGGAAGGUUAUGUGUCGCUUGAUGCUUCGCUUGAGCGGGGUACGGGGGUGGUCGGGGGUGUUCGCAGCGGGUCGGGGCGACGGCGUUGGGAUGAAGCGGAAGGCACGAGCGAAGGCGAUGCCAUCAGCGUAUCUAGCGCUGCGUCUAGCUGUGCCCCGCUGCAUUUAGCACAUCACCAUGAAUACAGCAAAGUUUCGCCCACCCCUCCCAAGAAGCCCCCCAGAAGGAACUUGUCUGUGUCCCCUACCCACGUCAAUUCUCCAUCCUCUGGGUACAGCUAUGAGCUGAGAGCCCAUGCGAGGAGUCAGGACGACUUGGAUGAAAUACAGGGUGCUAAACAUUACCUCAAACACGGUAGAUCUGUCGACCAAUACGUCGAUAGCAAGCUAUCCUACUCGGAGUACGAAGAAAACCAUAAUUCACCUAGAGCUGUCCCAGUGCCAAAUCCUCGGCCGAGUCUCAGAAACCGCACACAACCCGUUGCCAUUACGGCUAUGUAUGAAAAUGUCGUCAUAAAAGAACAGAAUCCUCGCAGGAAGCUAAGAAGAAACACGUUUGGGCCACAAUACGAAAACUUCGAAGCCAGAAUGGCAGACAAACGAGUUAGAAAAUACUCUAACCAAGAGAGAUCGUCCCUGGAGAGUUUAUUAGACGAUCAGUCAAUGAAUAGUCCGAGUGAAUGUGAACGGUACUCUGAUGGCUCGAGGGUAGAUAUUCCUCUGUCGCCGACCCACUAUGAACAACCUCCAACGCCUGACCAUCCGCCGCCUUCAGCGAAACAAGCGGAGAAUAGCAUCCACGAACGGAUUAGACCAUUGAGUCAGGAAUACAAGAGAAGAUCUAUGUUACGAGAUAGUCAAACUGAGACCGAGGUGAUCCUGCUCCGCGCGCCGUCAGCAGUUUCCGUCGCGAGCGGUGCCACCGACCGUAGCGGUAACACCGACUGCGUGGAGGAAUAUGUGUGUGAUGUUCCGUUCGCUGGCCUCUUCAAAGGCUCAACUACGACCCUCGACGGGAUCGGUCUCCGGCCGAUGCCAGCGGAGCGACCAAAAACUUUGCGAAAACUGAAGUCUGUAUACGACGCUUCGCCGACCGAACAGAAUUUGAACAGCGUUAGCAGUAAUGGAACUGCCGAGAGGACCAAUGGCGUUGAAGAGGAGGUCAGACGAAGGAGCAAUACCACGAGCUCGACGCAGAGCGGGGACAAAUCGCUUUCAAUACUCAGUCCAUUUGAUGAACAGGAGGAGUGGGCCAAGAUCUCGGAGAUAAUGGCUUCAUUUGGAAGCAAGCUCGUCCGGGAAUCAGUUUUCGUGUCGGAACUUGAACAGGAGUUUACGUCCCGGCUCGGCCUCAGCUGUUCCGAAUCAAGCCUGAGUCCGUCUGUAGCGUCGAGCUUAGGUAUCUGGUUAUCAGGACUUGGGAUGCACGAUUAUGAACCAUUGUUCGUAGAGAGCGGAUAUGACGACAUAGAUUUUAUCAAUGGGAUCCUUAACGAUAACGACUUACGUGAAAUGGGUAUAGAAGAAAACGACAGACAGAAGAUACUCGAGUCAGCUACACAAUUACCUCUUAAAAUAACCGAAAUAAGCAAUAACCAUAACAAUAAUAAUAUAAGUAAAAACCAAAACGAAUCAGUGGAUGAUUGGCUUAGGACUAUAAACUUAGAACAAUAUAGUGAUACAUUUAGGAAACAUUUAUACGUUGAUAUGGAUAGAGUGAAACGGAUCUGGGAGGUUGAAUUGACUGCAGUUCUAGAAAUAAAUAAGACUGGCCAUAGGAAAAGGAUAUUGUGUUCGGUGUCCGGAGAACAAAACGGACCCGUUAACAACAUCGAAGAAAUUAAUACCGAUCUCAAAAACUUGAAAAAUAAUAUACAACAAUUAAAAGAGGAAAUUAAGGAAAAAUUGCCUCCUUCAGAAAAUUUAAAACCUGUCCCACCCCCUGUGGUUCCUACACUUGCACCCCCUGGUGGGGAGACUUUGAAACGGAGUAAGAAAAACAGACCGGCUCCUCAACCUCCUCGACCUUCAGACCUCGAAAUUCGAGCGCCAUCUGAGCUCCUCGUGGGAGUGCCUGGCGCUUUAAAAACGCAAUGGAAACAUCAGCCGUUUGUGCUAGUCACAGGCGCUGUGACUUAUGUUGCUAAUUAUCUAGGGUCGACAGUUGUGAAAGAAUUAAGAGGGACAGAAUCUACGAAGAAGUCAAUCCAGAAGUUGAAGAAGUCUACCAAAGAACCGCGUGAUUCGCCUGAUAUCAUUCUUUCGAUAAGUUACCGAGGGGUCAAGUUCCUAAAUACAAUUACUAGAGAGCUGGUUUGUGAACAUGAAAUCCGUAAUAUCCACUGCGCGUGUCAAGACGCUGACGAUCUCACCCACUUCGCUUACAUCACCAAAGACCACACCACUAGGAGCCACUAUUGCCAUGUCUUCAGAGUUGCUACCAUGGAUCAAGCGACAGAAGUAAUACUAACACUAGGCGAGGCUUUCGAAGUGGCGUAUCAAAUGGCACUACGGGAACAAGCAAACAGAGUGAGAGUCCCUCAAGCCAUGGCUAAGACGCCAACCCACGACCCCACCACCACCACGAAUAAAGAAAAACCAAACGUCAAUCAUGGCAGGUCACAUUCCAUAACUGAAAUAAAACUAAACGGACAUCAACUCAAGAUCGCACCAAUACCCGCUUCGUUGUCGAACGAAGAUUUCCAAUCUUCCAAAAACUCCGACGGAUCGAGGAGUCCCAGGACGCCCCUCCUCAAAGCGCCCAUCGCGUCCACUGAAGAGUUGUGAAAGGAAAGGUAACGUUUACUAGUAAUAGGGUAGAAUUUCGAAAUUAAAGUAAAAAAUUCUUUAACAUUACACGAAUAUUUACCAAAAAAAUUAGGAAUUCGUUCCUUGUAGCUUAUUUAGCAGCUGUUGUUGAAAACUUAAAUUCUGAAAACGAAUUGUCUGUUGAUGUUAAAACUAAAGUUAAAUAGAUUAAUGAUACCGUUGAAGUAAAAUGAAUUUCGAAUGACGGCUUCGUCAUUUCUAGAACAUUCUAAUUGAAAACUAAAUAUGAUAUUGCUAAAUUAUAUCGAUUGAAAAAUACUGUUACGAGAUCGAUUCUAUAGAUCUCGGAUAACGUUAUUAAUGUAAAUGCGAUUAAUAAUAAUAGGCCUAAAAGUUUGGCUUAAAAAUUUUUGACUCUCUGAUUUGUCUUCCGAUUUUAUUCAAUCGAUAUCGUCUUAUCGAUAAAUUCUCGAAUAGAAUAACUUAGUGCGGCGAUUAAAUAAUUGAAUGAAUACAUUUUGUUUUUUUUUUUAUUGUUGGUAAUAUUUUUAGAUGUUAGCGUAAGUAUAUUUGGUUUUCGACACUGCUUUUAUGAACCGCAUCCUUAUUAACGGACUUUAUUAUGUACUAUAUUAGGUAAAAUGGGGAUUAUUUGCUAUUGAAUAGUAAAAAUCUAGCGGCUGUUAUAUUUAUAGUAGUUUCUAUUGUAUAUUUUUGUUUUGUAAAAUGUUUUACAAAUGAAGGAAUUGGUUCACUAACUGCAGUUAUUUCAAUGCUUUUUGGUCCAAGUAAAUUUAAUAAUGGUAUUAUUUGUAUGUUAGUUUUUAAGAGUAUAUCAUAUCGGCUUUGUUGUUUAUAUCGACUUAUAUGUUAGUCGAAUAUUAUAUAUAAUAAAAAAAAACGUCUGAAAUAAAGCACAAAUAUUAUGAAUUGGAUUAAGGUAUUUAUAUAUAGCCUUGGAUUCAUUUUUAAUGGUUAUAAGACAUAUAGGCAUUUGAUGGGCUCAUUUACAACUAGUCUGGUUUAUAAAUAUCAUAAUGGUUGAGUAACUGUUAUUCCACUGUUAACUUCCGUAUGUCUUCUAAUAUCUUAAACAUAGUGAAAGAUUUUUCAAAAAUAAAUUUAAAUAAUUCGAUAAAUCGUUUAUUACAUACAUACAGGCCUAAUAUAAUCUAAUCAUAUUUUAAAAUGUUACCAAUAAUUCAAAUUAUUGUAUAUAAGUAUUAGUAAUCGUGUGCAUAGAAUUUAAACAGUGGGUUGUUCAACAAUUAGACAGUAAAUUAUUCAUUUAACGUUUAGUACAUAAAACAUAUCAUACCAUUGUUAUGUAAUUCAAUAGAACAAGCGAAACUCCAUUAUCCGGAGUAUAUAAACGGAGCAUCUUCUAGAAGUACAAAUGAUGAUAUCGUACGUACUUCUAAGCGAUGUAAUAAUGUUACUUCAACGUGUUUUACUUCUAGUUAUAUUGUGAGGUUAUAGUAAGUUGCGUAUUGUCUUAUAAAUGACAAAAAAGUAUAUAUAUAUUUGAAUUUUCAAUGUUUUCUCUUCAAUUAUUGCAACACACUUGCUCAAAAUAAUCUGUUAAUAUUAAUGUGAUUUCGAUUCGGUAUUGUUGUCAUUAUUGUAUUUUUGUUAAUAUUAUUUAAAUUCAAGGUAUUUGUACACCAUGUGAUAUGAUAAAGUAAAUGAAAUAAUUAAAAACAUAGUUUUUUUCAUUGAGAACUCUUUGCCCUUCGCUUAUAUAUUUAAAUUAUAUGUAGCGCAGCUUUUUAUAUAGUAAUAGUAAUAAAUAUUAAAUGCUAUAUAAGGUUUUCAAUGUAUUGAUAUAUAAUUUAUGAAUUGUAUCUAUCGAUGUUGGGUAUGACGUAGAAUAUGAUAUAUAUAUGUAAUAGCAAUAUUAUUAUAUUAUAAUGCAAAUACGAAUUGUGCCAAAACGCAAUAAUACAGGUCGAAUACGCCAAUAUUCAAUGAACAGUUAUUUUUUUAUGAAACAAAAAAUAAUAUAGAACAUUCUAGAUCAAUCUUUCGACUGUUUUUUUUUUAAAUAGCCCUUUAAUUUUUUUUAAAUUAAAUGAUGAUAUUUGAGGUGUUUUUUUAAUAUCAAUUAAUGACAAUACAUAUUAUUUUUUUAAUGUAGUCAAAUUAUUUAUUGACGUUUUUGAUACAUUAUAACCGAAACAGACUCUGAUAAUUUUUAUAGUGUUCGAUUAUAUAAUAAAUAUUAUGUACUUAUAAUUGUAAUAGCUCAUAUACAUUAAAAUAUAAAGUAGAAAUAAUUUUAGUAGAUAUUUUAUUAAAAAAAAAUGUAUACCAAAGAUUUAUAGAAUACAUUAUAUUAUAAUUAGUAUAUUAUAUUGCAUUAAAUUAAUAUGGUUUGUUAUGAUAAUAUUGUAAUUUGCAAAACGAAACACUGCCGUCGAAACGAAGUUUUCUCAUUAAGUAAUCUGUGUAAUUUUAUAUAUUUAUAUUAUGUAAAUAUUAUUUCAUAACUUAUUUAAAUUAAACAAAAAAAAAAAAUCAUUAAAUCUGCUAUAUAAUUUAUCACAAAACCGUAUUUAUUAUUGUACAAAAUGCAUGCUUUUAAAUAUUUUAACUAUUCCUCUUCGAAACUCGCUUCUAAGUACCUUGAUAUUAUAUAUGACUAUAGUUAAAGUAUAUUGGUUGUAUAUCCUAUCUUUUAUUUAUAGUAGAGUACUAUUCUAUAUUAGCUGAAAUUAUCCAAAUGAGUAUCUAUUGUAA